AUGGCCAAGGGAAUGUACAUACCGCGAAUUGUAUUGCUGCUCGUCCUUCUUUUCUCCCUUGGCUUCAUCUGGCACCGGAUAGCAAUGCAGCAAUCUUUCCGAGUUAUCGUUGAAAAUAGUUUGGAGCAUACCAAGCAAUAUAUUGUUCUGGACCAGGAGGAGAGAGUCUCAGAGCCUACCCUAAAAACAAGUCAACUGCAAGUUCAAAUUGAUGCCGUAUUUGCCAAAAUCCAAAGCCUUAUCCCCAAUGUGACAUUCACUCAUUUGGACAAAACCACAAGUGUCAAACACAGCAAAGUGUUUUUGGCAAAUCCCCGGGAACGAUACUGCGUUGGGGAAGACUUAGUCGUGCAAGUGGAUAUGUAUGAUUAUUUGAACAACAGGAAGACCUAUGGAGGAGAUUUUAUGAGACCUAGGCUCUUUUCUCCAGACCUUAGAGCUUCUGUAUCGGGAAAGGUGGAACACUUGAACAAUGGGUCUUACCAUGUCCACUUUCCUUUACACUGGGCAGGCCAAGUCAAAGUCUCCAUUUUGUUUUGGCACCCUAGUGAAGGGGUCAUGGCCCUCUGGAGGGCCAGACAUGCAAGUUUGGGGGUUCUCGGCUAUCAGGGGAGAUAUGUCUACCUAGGCAAAGAGGCCUUCUCUCUCUGUGGCUUCCAAAUGAAUCCAGUUGAAGAGCUUUGUGAGUAUAAAGACAAACUCUAUGAAGAGGUCAUCUACUGCAAAAAGCCUCCUAACUUACCCUGUGACUGUUUAAGGGACAUGAGAGCCUUGGACCUUCAUGUGUCAUAUUUGAAGCCUGAAGAGAAACCGAUGUUUGAAAGAGGGCAGGCCGUCUCUGCUGGUUGUCAGGCGUCAGGGUUGAUGGUGACCAAAGUGACCUCUAGAAGCACCAUUGGCAUCGGCAGGCCCCUGAAGCAGGAGGUCAAGAGUGGGUGUAGAAAUGGCCCAGAACUUAGAGCCCAUAAGAGUUACAAACUGUAA